CUUUUCUUUGUGGCCUAAAAUCAAAAUGAGUGAUUCAACUCAAAUGGAGGCCAAUGCUGCUAUUAAUGAAAUUAAAAAACGAACGAGAAAGCUAGACCAAUCGCUGCAAAUGAGGUUUUGCGCUGAUCAGUUUUUCAUCGGCAAUCAUUGCACCAAACUGGCAUCCGGAAAGUCAAUAAUUAUCUCGCAGAAUUCCAAGAAUCGGAUAUGCCUUCGCUUUUUCAUGGCAGCGGAUCCUUUGGUGGGCUACACUGGACGAGAUUUUGGAAUCGCUUUCAAUCAGAUAGACCACAUUUCGCUGAAAGAUGAGCAACAAGAGAAUCCCGCUGUACUCAUUUGCACUUUGAACCUCUCAAGCUACACAAAAAUGUGUAAGCUCCAAACCGGCUUGAAGGAUGUCGUCGAGAAACCAUUUCUGUAUAACAAAUCUCUUGCACGGAAUUUGACAUUCAUACUUAAACCGUGGAACGAUGACCCUGACACGUUUGUGAAGAUCUCAUACAAUGAUGAACACCGAGAGUAUGUGCACAGCUAUGAUUACGAUGUGGCCAAGUCCUUAAUGUUCAAAGAGGUCCAAGCCGUUUGGGAACAAUCACUCAAAGAGCAGCUACAACGUCGUCACCAAACCGGUCGAGUUUAUUUGACAAGUCAACUCAGUGAAAUGACUCCUCGAGAAUGGGUUCAGUUUCUUGCUGAUCAGAAGCUAUCUAAAAUUGUGUGUCACAACGGUUCUAUUCAAUAUGCGAGAGUAGAAGACAAUCCACAUGGACGAAAACAUACAGCAGUUGCCACAAACGGCUUCGACCACCGAGGAACCAGAGUAUUGAAUUCAUUUGGCAAAGCACAUGCAUCUCUUGCUACUCAAGAAAAAUCAUAUGCAAAGAAGAGGAAACUCACGGAACAAUCUCUCAAGCUUAUUUAUCGAAAUGAUCGGAGUGUUUGGCUAGAAGGAAGUUGUGCGAAGAACUUGAAGAUGCCAAAGAUCAAUUCGGAGCCAAAUAUGGGAGAAUUCAUGGGAUGGCCAGAUAUGGAUAACGCAAUGACCCACCCGACGUCAAAUUUCGAGAAUGAAGAUGUGAUGAAAAGUACAAAGCAACCGAACGAUUUCGUCAGUUUUGAACAACUGCAAGCUCCUCCACCAGUUCUCCAACGACAAAAUGGAGCUAUUUAUUCUACUCAAUCCGUCGCUUUUACACACAUUUCCGGAAAUGAUGGUGUUGAGGAUCUCACUGAAAAAAUAAGUCAUUUGGGAGAAGAAGCGUACAACAUUGAUAUGGCAAAUGCUCUUCAUGCCUUCAGUGACAACUGGCAUUAUGAAAUUCAUCCUAACACUGUGCACAACGCCUCUUUCGAACAAUUGCACAUCGGAGAUGGGAAUUCGAGCAUCGGAACCAUCGGAUUCAACCCAUUAGAGCCCUAUCCUCAAAGUUCAUUCCCACAAAGCAAUAAUUGGCAACAGGCUCAUGGUGACUUCACGUUUCCCCAAGUGUCGUUUCCAAAUACACAACAGGGCUCAUGUUUGCCGAGUACUCCGACUGCAGCGCUGCCUCCAACUCGACCAGUUGUUGAGAAAAUACCUCCAGAUACGCAACUUUUCACGUUCCCACCUUCUGGCUCUUGCACAACGGGAAUGGAUCCUGUAGUGUUGCUCGUCAAGGAUAUCAAAACACUGGAUCGCAAAGAAUUCCUGAAUGACAGCGUCAUGGCAUUUAUGCUGAAUUAUAUUGCAUUUAUGCUUUCGUCCGAGCUAAUGAAAUCCGUGCAUAUGUGCAACACGUUCUUAUUCGUCAAUCUGACUCGCCUACUUCCACCAUUGUGCUUCUCCAAAAGACGACCAAUCGAACCAGAACACAUAAAAAUCGUGAAAGACAAUUGCCCUCGAGUUCUCCGUUGGACACGAAAAUUCGAUGUUCUUGCCAAAGAUUAUAUUAUCAUUCCGAUCAACGAAGAUCUUCACUGGCUCGUCAUCGCUGUUAUCAAUCCAUCGGGUGCAAUUGUCGAUAUGUCGAAUGAGGAAGCUUCCAGAGCUGCUCCGAAGUGUUAUAUUGUAUUCUUCGAUCCGUUGAGUGGUCUCGAUCCAAGCAAGAAGAAUCAUAUGUGUCACUGCAUCAAGAUUUAUUUGGCUCAAUUGUAUGAAAACACUAAGGCUCCUGGAAUGAAAUUUGCGUCGAAGAAUCCAACGAUUUACGAUGAGGAGAGAGUUGUCGUGACUCGUGCUGAAAACACUCCAAUCCAAGACAACUUUUAUGAUUGUGGACUUUAUGUAUUGCAUUUCAUUGAAGGGCUCUUCUGUUAUCCGAACCGUCCGGUCAAUGUGAACGAUUUUCCAAACUUUGACUGGUCAAAGUUCUUCCCGGAGGCCAAUAAAAUGUGUGACUUGAUGCGAGACAAAGUUUACAAUUUGAUUCUUCAACAAGCGGAUAAACCUGCGAGAAGCCGUCUCGCCAAGUUCGAAAGGGAGAACAAAUGUGGAUUGUCGCGUGAAGGAGCUCUUAGGAAAGCACGUCGUCAUAGUGCAGUGAAUGAACGUCGUACGAAACGGCACAGAGACUAUUAUGCACGUCACUAUUCCUUGAGCCCGCCACACCGAAAUGUGAUGAACGAUGAUCCGACGUUCAUGAAUCCACGUGGAUUGGCGGAAAUGCCAAUAACUCGACUUGUUCGUCGCCUCAGAAUUCCGGAGGAUAACUUCCCAAUCGCUUACUAGGCAUUUUGAUCAAAAAUUUGUCUCCCCUCUCAAAAAUUGCCGGUAUUUUCUUCUCUUAGUUAAUUUAUUUUUUAAAGAUUUUAUUAUCCUCCCAUUUUUACGCUCUCUCCUUAUUUCUGCGUUCUCCGUCAUAAAGUGACAAUUGUUAUUUUUUCUUUAUAACUUGAUCACUCAAUUUAAUAUUUUCAGUUGAUCUCCACUCUUUUUUCCUCCUUUUAUUAAAAUUUCAAUAUUCUGUUCCAUCAAUUUUCCUUUUGUACACCCAUUUCACAUCUCCGCAACGGUUUCUAAAUUUUCUAUUUGACUUCAGAUUGUUUUCUUACCGUGUAUGCGUUUUUCCGUCGAUAAAUUCGCGUUUUU